CACUGAAACUCCUUCACCCGCCACAUAACGGCACAAAGUGCGGCUGUUAUCCGGCUCUCGUCUACUUGUUGACAACCAUGUGCCGUGGCUCUGUUUUUCACACGGAAAAGGGAAAUAAAAUAAAGAACCUUGAGUUAUUUGAUACGUAUUAAACCGAGGGACACAAACGCGAACUUUCUUCAGGCUUCCCUUCGGCGUUUUCCUCUCACAGGAAACUCGCCAUUUUUUUGUGGAUCUGUUUUUCUUCAAGCAUCGAUUACGAUUUCAUAUUUGACAACCCUGCUGUUUGCGGACUAUUAUUAUGUUGGAAGUGUGAAGUAAAGUUUCGUAUUUCUGUGGGAAAGUGAACGGCGUCGGGUUCACGCGCAAAAGCGCACGCGCCGCGCAUCGGAGGAUGACACGCGCGCGCGCGGCGUUUGGAGUUUAACUUAUCGCAACUAUUGCAGUGGAUUUACCGGGUUUAAACCAACAUGAUGUUCGCAGGAAUGAUAAGAGUGGAGAACAACUCAAAAACACACAUAACGGACACGGAAUCCACUUGUUACCGGUGCGAUGUGAGGCCAGGUGGUGCAGCAGCGUCGGGAAGCCGUCGCAAGUGGAGUUUCAGACGGUCAGAGCCGCUUAACCAGCUCGAAGCUGCCAGAACGUCAUGUGACUCUGAACAAGGACAUCCAAAAACUCCCAUUAGCUCGUCUACUGAUGAGAACACUCAAAAGAGCGUUUCUAAAUGCCUCAGCGAGAAAUGGCAUAAGGAUGCUUUCGAGGGGGACAACUCUUCGGAUUCUUCCCAAACUCACCGUUUGCGUGACACAGAGGAAAGAUCUCGAACGCAAUCAUGCGACAUUUUCAAUUCCAGCUUCAGUUUCAUUCAGCAGUCAUUAGAAACUAGUGAUUUUUUAGAUGCGAGCACAAACAAACAAUCUGAAUCGACAUCACUGGACAAACUGAAGUCUGAAACGUCAAACUCAGGUGUUUUAAAACCUCACGCUCACUUCAGCCAAUCAGAGAUCAGCUCUGUGCCAAUUAGCCAAUCAGGACCUGAGGUUUUCGCAUUAAGACAUUUGGCUGGUUCGAUUGGUCAGUCAGUUCAACACAAAGGGCUGUUAUUGGACCGAGAUCUGUGGCUAGCAGACCUGGACAUGCAGGCCUCGUCUUCCACGACGUCUUAUGCUAAAGAAAACAUCCAGGACUCCGACUCUGGCUCUCUGGACACUGAAGUCACGUCUUCGCUCUCCAUUGACUCGUCAGACUCGACCUCGGCCUCGUCGGUCACCUCUGGAUACGAGAGCACCACCGCGUCCUCAGAACGGAGUCGGGACGGCCUGAAAAAGAAGUACGAAGAUGUUCUGCAAGACUGUCUGCAGAACAAUCGCACAAACACCAAGAUCGAGUCCAUAAUGAUGAAGCUUCAGAGAUUACAGCACAAAGCGGUUUUGGACGACGACUAUGACACAGCCGAGCGUUUUGGUAAGAAACUAGAGGACCUGCGGAGAGAGAGAGCGACACUGAAGCCCGGUCUCCCGUCCAGACACCCUGAGGUCACUGCAUUUCUGGAGCGUCUCAGGACAGCGGUGCACAGCGCCAUCCACAGGACAGACACACACUGCAGGCCAAACGGUAAAGCGAGUGACGAUCAGGGAUCCGGCAGCUCUCAGAUCCGACCUCAAACACGGGAGAAGCUGUUAGAGAAAAAACAGAGGAUUCAGAAGGAGAUGUGUGAGCUUCAGCGGAGGCUGGAGGAUCUGCAGGAGGAGAGCAGAGCUGUGGAGGAGGAGCUCGAGGAGCCCGUCCUGAGAGCCUGUGAUCCGGCUCAGCUGCGACUGAUGGCUCGAGCGCUGGAGGACGUGAUCGCCUCUGAACAUCGGCCACAGAUCAGCCUGUCUCCACCAGCAGCGGUCAUCAGACUUCAGGAGCAGGAGCGAACACUGAGUUUGUCCAUCAAAGAGGCAACGGCUAAAGUGGUGAUGGGUCAGAGGUUGUCGGGUCGUCUGCGGCGUAAGGUCAGCGAGAGUGAAGCGCAGCUGCUGGUCCUGCAUGAGGCGAAGCUCUCCGCCAUCUCAGGAAAUGACUUCAGCAGUGCGAAACAACUGAAGGCAGAAAUCAGGAGUGUGUACGGAGAGAGGGAUCGUCUGGAGGGGCUGGUGAAGAAACUGCAGGCGCUGAGCACUGGACUCGAUCUGACCUGCAUGAAGGAGCAACACAACCACAUCAAACUGGAGCUGCAGGAGAGAGCAGCCCAGUACGAGCGCAGUUUAAGAGAAAACACCCUGAAGUAUAUUGAGCUUCUGGAGGACAGACUUCACAGCUGUGGAUGUCCAGCGCUGGAACACAUUUGGGAGGCAGAUUUGGAGGCUUGUCAUCUUCUCCUGAAAGGCCUGGAUGAGCCCAGCGUCUCAGAAGCGGAGGAUCUGCCCUCGACGCCUGGAUCGGGUCCAGAUGUUCUGUUGAUCACUGAAGAGGAGGCGGACUGUGCCAUGCUGACGGCUCUAGGGGGGCGCUGGUGUCCUGAGGCUGAUCUACAGCACUCAGAGUUCACUAAGAAAUUAGAGGAGUUUCUCUUCUGUUUGGAGGACGAGUCUCCUGAGGAUCUGUGUGGAGAGACUUCAGAGCUGACGGAGCGCUGUGAACUCAUCAGUAACCGACUGCAUUACCUGGAAGACCAGCUUCAGUCCGCCAUAGACAACCACGACAAGGACCUCACUCAUAUCCUUACAAAGCUAGAGAAAGAGGUUCAAGAAGUGAAGGCCACUCUUCAAAGCAUGCUGUCCCAGCUGAAGGAGGAGGAGGAUGAGGAGGAUGAAGAUAAGUUCAGUGAUGUAGAAGAAGAACAGGUUGAAGAUGAAGCCCUAGAAGAGGAGCAUUACUUCAGUGACAGCUGGGAAAUCUGAACAGACUCAUGAAUUAUAUUUAUGUUGUGUCCAUUGUCUCUGGUUUGUGUAUUUUAUGUUGAUUUUGCCUGUGAAAGUCUGUUUUCCAUACUAUUAUGUUGCACUGAGCUCUAGCACUUAAAGGGAAUAGAUUAUCUAAAAAAAUAAAAUCAUCGGAUCAUUUACUCGUCAUUCCUAAAGCAUUUUUGGUGCAUUUUUAGUCCCAUCCCCUUUUGUUGGAAAGCAAAAUCUUGAACAUUUCCAUUUAAGAUCUCAUUUUUUUCAGGCAAUUUUUUUAGGAAUGACAUGUGAGUGAGUAAAUGGUUAACAUUUAAAUGUUUUUUCUUCAUUAGGACCACUAACCAUGUGAAUCUUAUUUCCACGGUUGCCUUAAAAUACUAAAUGUACUGUAACUCCUGUCAGUGUUGCCAACCACUAUUUUAUUUUUAUUCUAAUCAGUUAGUGCUGAGUUUUUAAUGUACUCGAUUUGUCAGCCGUUUCCUUGCUUCUGCAUCCAAAAAAAGGCCUGAUUUUGGAGCUUCCAGUUAUUUUAGGAUAUUUAAAAAGCAUGGCAUCUUAUUUAUUUAUUUAAAUUGCUUUGAUAUAUCAUUAUUAUAAAAAAAUAAAUAAAAAAAACCUAUACAUGAAAAUCUGUGUGGG